AUGGUUGAUGGCAUCAAGCGACUGAACACCAUCCUCACCGACAUGUGCCGAGACGUGUGGAUGUACGUGUCCAUGGAGUAUUUCAAGCAGAAGAUCGUGGCCGGUGAGGUCGGAUCCAGUGCGAUGCCGCACAAGGUCAACCCCAUCGAUUUCGAGAAUGCCGAGGGCAACCUGGGUUUUGCGAACGCGAUGUUCGAGCACCUUUCCCAGAAGCUGCCGAUCUCGCGGCUGCAAAGAGAUCUGACGGACUCCACAGUGCUGCGGAACGUGGGCGUGCCUUUGGCGCACACGCAGAUCGCUCUCGCCUCCAUGCAGCGAGGCUUGGGGAAGCUGCUCGUGAACAAGGCAGCCGUAGAAGCCGACCUCGAAGGCAACUGGGCAGUGGUGGCGGAGGCCAUCCAGUCAAUCCUCAGACGUGAGGGCUACCCGAAGCCUUAUGAAGCACUCCGGGAUCUCACGCGGACGAAUGAGGCUAUGACUAAGGAGCGCAUUCAUAGCUUCGUGGACACCCUCAAUGUCGGGGACAAGAUCAAGACAGAGCUGAAGCAAAUCACGCCCUACAACUACGUGGGCUACAGCUGA